CAAGCUCAAAGUGCAAAAACACAGUCGACUACAUAGUCAUAAGUCAUGAUCAUGAUCAUGUUGAAGAAAAUCAUUCAAACGAAGAGAACUAACUAAUGAAAGAUACAGGUAGGAGAGAAGUUUAGAGAAGUACAGGAACGAAGAAAUGGAGAAGAGAAACGUUGUUGAGAUGAAGCGUAGAGAGAAGAGCAGAGAGACCGACUGGAAAGAAGUUCUACAGAAGACUUGAGGGUUGAAGAAAGGUGAGAGGAUAGACAGAGCGACAAUAGCAAAGAUAUAGUCGGCAGCGAAUUCAAAGAAUGUGGAUCUGGUUGACAAGCUCCACCAUCAGGGCAAAGGAGUGGUAUGGCCUGUUCAGGACUUUGCUUGGGUGUCCUGAUUGGCUGCUUGCUUCUCUUCUGUCCCCUGUUGCUGACAGGCUGCAAUGGUCAACAUGUCAGUCUAACUGCUGCUGGUACAGGACAAUCAACAACAGCAUUCCGCGUGACAUUUGGUGAUGGACAACCUACAGCCAAUGUUACCAGUUACUUACCUGUAUGCUUGGUGGCCAGUGGAUCAGGACCAUUCAUUCGACUAGAGAAGACUGAUGGUAGUCUAGUGUUGGCUGAGACAGGUGCCUUCUCAGGAGGUACUAUUGUACUGGUGAACACCACAGUACAUCCUAUACUGGACACAUCAUACACUGGACUGUACCAUUGCAGAACAGUGGAUAACAACUCAACACAAACAUAUCAACUCAACAUUGUAGAACUUUGUCCAGAUCUCAUUUUUGCAAAACACAACUUCAAACCCAUUACUGAUUUUAGCAGGGCGAUUGGUACGAACAUAUCAAUACGGUGUCAAACGGGGUUUCUUGCUAACACCAGUCUGGAUGUGACCUAUUCUACAUGCCAGAGUGGCGGAGUAUGGAACCCAAGACCACCAGCAUGUGAAAGUUGCAGAGUUAGAUGUUCCGAUGACAUCAAUGUUGAAUCCUGUAAUCACGUGAUGGGACAAGGCACUGUCAACUGUAUUUGUAAACUAAACUAUAUAUGGGCAGGGAGCAAGUGUGUGGUAGUCUCUCCUACAAUUCCUGUUACCAGUGUAGUCUCUCCUACAAGUCCUGUUACCAGUGUAGUCUCUCCUACAAGUCCUGUUACCAGUGUAGUCUCUCCUACAAGUCCUGUUACCAGUGUAGUCUCUCCUACCAUUCCUGUUACCAGUGUAGUCUCUCCUACAAGUCCUGUUACCAGUGUAGUCUCUUCUACAAGUCAUGAUACCAGUGAAGUCUCUCCUACAAGUCAUGACACCAGUGCUAUGUCAAGUGGAACACGAUCCUUGCAUCCGCCUUCCACUGCCGAUGAUUCUACAAAGCAGCGUGUAUCAACUGCAGCUAUCGUUGGCAUUGCUAGUGUAGUAAGCAUCGUGACAGUGGCAUGUGCCAUCCUUCUCACCUUCAAGAUCAAGAAGGUUCACAGGACACUGCCUGUGGACUCUCCUGUCACCGUCCCCAUGGAUAUCCUGCCCCCCAACACCACCGAGGAGGAAGGUGGCGAUGACCAACAGGCUGCAGCCCAGCCAGACACAACCACAACAACACUUGCAGUCAGCCAACGGGUACCGCAAAGGUCAACGACUAAAUGCAAGGUGGCACGACCAUUUGUAGUUGUUGCACCCGCAAAGAAAUCCCAUGUAUACUCAAUUGAAGAAGUAUCUUCUUCCGGGGAGAUUGAACUGCUGACGUAGUUAUAGCCCCGGGCAAGCCUAUCUGAAACUAUGCCACGGUUCUUCCAGCUGACGCGCUCAGGUGUGUCUGUCACUAUCGGCCCACACACGCACGCACAACCACACAUGCACACCCACACAGGCACAUCCACGCAUGCACAGCAUACUGGACUUCGUAAAAAAAUAAAAAAUAAAUGAAAAUAAAAAUCCACGCAUGCACAUCCACACGUUCACAUCCACACAUGCACAUCCACACAUGUACAUCCACAUCCACGCAUGCACACCCACACAUGCGCUCCCAUGCAUGCCCAUCCACGCAUGCGCUCCCAUGCAUGCACACCCACACAUGCACACCCAUGCAUGCACAUCCACGCAUGCACAUCCACACAUGCACAUCCACACAUGCAUAUCCACGCAUGUACAUCCACAUCCACGCAUGCACACCCACACAUGCGCUCCCAUGCAUGCACACCAUCGCAUGUACACCCACUGCCACUCAAUCACAUACACAUGCGUUCCCGCUCACACACACACACACACACACACACACACACACACACACACACACACACACACGCGCGCGCGCGCGCGCGCGCAUGUGUUCGCACUCACAUACACGUGCACUAACACAUACAUGUGCGCCCACACAUACACACACCUGCUUACCAACACCCUUUCACAAUGCUUUCCUGUCCACUCUGUGUUUGCUGCUUGCAAUCCUCCCUAAUUUUGUUGUGCAUAUUUGAGCGUCGCAGCAUGUGAUUGCGUGACCUAUGUUUUUAUUAAGAGAGCAUGUCUGAGAAAACCAGAACAUAUGUGCAAGUCGAUCUCUCAGAUUACGCUCAAAUUUUGCAGGUAGGUUUGCUUUGGGGUGUAGAUCGACAUUCCAAAGCCCGCACAAAAUCUUUUGAAGGGAACCAUGAAAUUGGUAUACCCCUCAAUAUUGGCCCAAUAUUGGCACGAUUUAUGGGUCAACAAACGAGCCACGGUACAGCGUGCAAGAACAAGCUACGAACAAAACUCCAUCAAGCCAUCAUUACCUCACCUUAGAAGAGUUCUUGGGGCAGCACUACUUAGCCACGCCAGCAUCCCAGAAGACGAGGGAAAUCAUCCCUUGACGCCACAAAUGAUCGUCUUGAAAAUAGCCAAAUUACAAGCGCUGAUAAAACAGCGAGCUACGUCCUCAAUUAGCAAACACUAUACACCGGCAGAUAGUAGAACACCUCUUCUAGCACUGAGGACAUGUCCCCCAUCAUCCUUUUGGGGUUUUCUUGAAAUAAACAAUUUUGAAUUUUUCCACUCGACCAUUCUGAAAUACGUCCAAACUCAUACCUGCGCAGGAAAGCUCGGCCUCCGCGACGUCUAGUCAGCAAUUUCUACUCCAACACCACUCCCAACGCUGCAGAACAAAGUGUAUUGUUGACUCUGACAAGGAAAAGCAGCGGUGAUCACUUGUCACUCCAAACGACAAGCUUCUCCUUGCGCCACCAACAUUUUUCGUUGCAACAGUUGAUGCAAAAGUGACUGAAUUUUUGCGUGUAGUUUUUGGAUUUUACUGCAAGAGGAAUGAAGAAAUCACGUUUACCCGUUUGUAAAAAAAGAAAGAAAAAAGUGGGAUUUCGAUGAUCCUAUAAUAUUAUUAUCGUAUGUCAAGACUCAAUAUAGGAGUGCGGAUACUCUUUUCCUUUGCAUUCCCGCUUUCGACUUUGUCAGGCAGGAGCAGGCUGAAAGACAGUCGUUCUCUCCACUCUAGUGCAAGUAAAAAUCCUCGUACUGAAGGUUCUUGAUCGUGAUGUGAGAAAAUGCAAGACUUUAAACUAAGCAGCUAAGUUGCUAGAAAGUUACGAUGGUUCUCCGACAUCGAACCUGCCACAGUACUUGAAGAUGAACUAGUGUCACCAGGCUGAGUGACCAGUCGGAGUGUCAUACACGGUGAGGUCCGUAGGUGGUAGCUAUGAUACUCAUGGUUGUAGUUUGUUCCUUCAAUCGACGAGCUUGGCUUAGUUGGAAAGUAGUUCGAAAUAUUGCAUACAAGAUUACGGAUUUGUGAAGAUUCGUUUCACGAGUUCAGCGAGCUAGCACUAACAGCUAGCUGGCCAGCAGCACAUCAGCUGUGUCAGGCACCCCAGCUAGCUUUGGGUGCGAACAUCUGAUUCUUCUGAAUGCGAAGAGUACCAGUUCUCUGCGAACAUAGCAAAUAGGAUUGCGCGAGAUCACGGAAGUUUUGCUAAACUACUCUGUCCUUGCAUUGCUUGAAUCACAUCGAUCUGCAGUUGAUUUGCGUACAUGUAUCAAAAUACAUGUAGCACUAGGAGGACCAUGUACGAUUGUAACUGCCUGUGAAGUUGUGUACAUGGGCAAAUGUACGGAUGACAUUCAUUUUAUUUGGAGCCUUCAUUGCCAUAAUAUUAUUAUGAGACACGAAUCAAUUGCGAAUCAUAAUGCGGUAUCAACAUACAACCUGAGAAUAAUAAAUAACCCUUUAAGAGCCGCCCAUACUUGAAUGCGUCGUAAACGACGCAUUCAAAUGCAAAACUUCAAAAGACCGUAACUCAGUCCAAUCUCGCUCAAAUCCAGUGAUCGAAAUAUCCAGGGCGAAGAGAAAACUCUCACCUGUCGGGAGAAACAAUCCGCGAAGCGCUGCGAGCAACGGUUCCUGAGAUAAAUCACUCGUAAGUUGAGCCGCGAUCGCGGCAAUUUGAAAAGCGCGCAGUGCGACUUUAGUAUUGAGAAUUUUGAGACUUUUCGUCACGCUGGUUUACUCGAAUUUGCACGGGUUUCACUGUUGAUAAUGUCAAGAGUACUUGGCUCCGCCAACAUUCUGCUUUGGCAGUGUCUACCCGGCCGACCCUGAAUCCUCUCUCGUAGAUACUUGGCUCCGCCAACAUUCUGCUCCGGCAGUGUCUACGUAUUACUCUUGUCUGACCUCUCUCUUGGCCCUGCCAAGAUCCUGCUCCGGCAGUGACCCCUCUCUUUACUCAGGGCCCUCGGUCGCCGUCCCUCGGACGCAGACUCUUGUAGAUACUUGGCUCCGCCAACAUUCUGCUUCGGCAGUGUCUACCCGGCCGACCCUUAAUCCUCUCUCGUAGAUACUUGGCUCCGCCAACAUUCUGCUCCGGCAGUGUCUACGUCUUACUCUUGUCUGACCUCUUUCUUGGCCCUGCCAAGAUCCUGCUCCGGCAGUGACCCCUCUCUUUACUCAGGGCCUUAGGUCGCCGUCCCUCGGACGCAGACUCUUGUAGAUACUUGGCUCCGCCAACAUUCUGCUUCGGCAGUGUCUACCCGGCUGACCCUGAAUCCUCUGUCUGUUUGUGUGUUUGUCUGUUUGUCUGCUUUUCUGUCUGUUUCUGUGUCUAUCUGCCUUUCUAUUUCCUUGCCUCGUCUCCAUAUCAAUGAGACAUGAAUCAUUGCCACACUCAAGCAGUCGAAGGCCCAACGCUAGCAAGGCUGUCAAUGUGACAGUGGCUACAGCGGGGCAACGUGCACGAUUGCCACCGGCAAUUCCAAGACGUUCUCGGACACGUUCAGCUCCACCACCAUCUCAACUACCCGGUGGCCCACCGUGGCUGGUGGUUACCCGCCAAGAUCCUGCUCUGGCAGUGAUCCCUCCUGCUCCGGCAGUGACCUCUCUCUGACCUCUCUCUUGGCUCCGCCAAGAUCCUGCUCCGGCAGUGUCUAUGUCUUUAACCCCGCUCACGGCUGCUUCGGUAUGAGGCUUGCUGGCCACAAUGGGCCAUGCUCAUUUCCGGCUACUCAGGGCUCUCGGUCUUCGUCCCUUGGACGUGACUAUCCUCUUGGCUCCGCCAAGAUCCUGCUCUCUCUGUAGCCUCUCACUUCGCUGGCCAGCACCCUCCUAACCGCAA